AUGGCCGCCCCCUCGCCAUCCCACUACGACGUCCUCAACCUCUCCCCAUCCAUCCUCAACUCCCAGCAUGACCCCUCCACGCUCAUAAAACAAGCCUACCGCAGAGCCCUCCUCCGGCACCACCCCGACAAGGCUUCUGCUACUUCUACUACUACUCCCUCAAUCUCAUCAUCAUCACAAAUAUCAUCAACAUCGCAAACAAGGCCUUUAGCCCCUCAACUCUACACAAUCGACCAAAUCACACAAGCCUUCACAGUCCUCUCAUCUCCCUCCCAACGCAGCACCUACGAGGCAACCCUCCGCCUGGCCAGAGCAAACGGCGAAGCUACGCAGGCACGCUUCCAGACGGGCAUCGAAAACGUCGACUUGGAUGAUCUGCAAUUCGAUGAGGCGGAGGAGCGCUGGUAUAGGUCGUGUCGCUGUGGGAAUGAGCGUGGGUAUUCAUUCGAUGAGGAGGAUCUAGAGGGGGUUGAGCAGGAGGGUGUGCUCAUGGUUGGGUGUCAUGACUGCAGCCUUUGGCUGAAAGUUCACUUUGCUGUAGCAGAAGACGAAGGAGAGACAGGUCACGCGGGUUUUUCGAUAUCAAAUGGAAAAGAUACAAGUUGA